CAAAAUCACUCUGGCCCGAUAGAGUCGCCGCAAUCAGCUGUGCUUGUGCCACACAUCUCGUUAUGAUAAACAAGUAAUGAAAUAUAUAAAAAACACUUAUUUAAACAAUGGAAGGCGUGCUGUAUAAAUGGACAAAUUACAUAAGUGGCUGGCAGCCUCGCUGGUUUGUGCUUGAUGGAGGUACUUUGUCUUACUAUGACUCUCAAGAAGACGCGUGGAAAGGUUGUAAAGGCAGCAUUAAAAUUUCAGUUUGUGAAAUCCAAGUUCAUUCCUCUGACUGGACACGAGUUGACCUGACUAUACCAGGAGAGCAGUACUUUUACCUUAAAGCCAUCAAUGCAGCGGAGAGGCAGAAAUGGUUGGUGGCACUGGGGACAGCUAAAGCCUGCCUUACUGACAACAGGACCAAGAGGGAAAAAGAGCUUCAGGAGAACACAGAGGCACUAAAAACUAAGAUGUCAGAGCUCCGAUUGUACUGUGACCUUCUCCUCCAGCAAGUAAACAAGAUCAAGGAGAGUGAUGAACUAGGAGAAACCGUAGAGACUGGAACAGACACUGGGAACCUGGUGAGGUCAACAUGCACUACUUUCCUUAAGACUCUAGAGGAAUGCAUGCAGAUAGCAAACCAUACUUUUAAUACAGACAUAACUCACAGUCCACCAGGAACUCCACCAGUGGCAGCCAUUAAACCCCAGAAGAUUAAAACUGCCAUUCAUUCAAAGCAGAUUCUUGAAGAGAAAUGGAAAGAUUUGACUGAAACCUCAGGAAAUGCACUUGUACACGACAACCAGAGCCUCGACUCUGGAGUAGUGGGACCAGAUGAGCCAGACGGAUCAGAACACCAUCCUUCCCCAUCAGGUCAAUCAGAUUUUGAAUCUUUUAAAAGAUCAAAUCACAAGGAGCAAGUUAGCCCUGAUACUCACACUACCCAUAAUGCCUCAGAGAUUGAACACUUUGACCAACCAGCAGAGGGAGAUGAGGAGGUUGAAGCUGCUGAUCAAAUGAAGAAGAAACCACAGCUGCACUACCUGGACCAAAGUAAAGACGCUGACAGCAGAAGCAGAGAAGGGGUUGCUGUUCAGCUCGAGCUCCAAGAGAAAGAAAUUUUAGACCAAGAAGAGAGCGACGAGGGAGAAAAGACUCCCAUGGAUUCAGCCGAGUCAGAUUCAGACACAGAGCAGGUGGAAACUUUCUUCAGCACAAUGAGCCACAGAUUUAGUGAUAUAAGACUGGAUGACGACAAUGGUAUUCCUUCACAAGAGUUUUUGGACUCAUGCUAUGCAAUAGUGCCUGUAUUAGACAAACUGGGGUCCACAGUUUUUUCACCAGUUAAAAUGGAUUUUGUUGGAAAUAUUAAGAAAAUCCAGCAGAAGCUGAUGUCAAACCCUGACAGCUUCCCCACGCUACAGUCCAUUGUACUGCAUGAAGUGGAGAACAAUGUUGCCCAGGUCCGAAACUCAGCAACUGAAGCUCUGCUGUGGCUCAAACGAGGCCUGAAGUUCCUCAAGGAGUUCCUGUCAGAGGUCAACGCAGGGGAGCAAGACAUUCAGGCAGCGUUAUAUAAUGCUUAUGGAAAGACUCUUAGGCAGUACCAUGGAUGGGUUGUACGAGGUGUAUUUGCUCUGGCGCUGCGAGCUGCUCCAUCUUAUCAAAGUUUCACGUCUGCCUUGGUGUCGAGCGAGGGUGAUGAGCUGAGGCGUGACUUCACCAGCAGCAUGCACAGAGACCUGGGAUUGUACCUGCCCGCCAUGGAAAGGCAGCUAACUAUCAUAGAUGAGCUGUAUGAAGAAUACAACCUGGAGUCUGAUGAGGUGGUGUAAAAACUUGAUCAGAUUUUGAAGGAAGGACAGAGCCUGUCCAAUAUAUGGAGCAGUGUACACUGCUAAAAGAAAACUGCAUUAAAUGAAUGGUAUUUACACAUCGAUGUGUGUUAUGGUAGUUUGAGACGUUUCAGUGUUUUUAAGCUCUUUCAACAAGCAAGGAUCUGGAUCAAAAAGUUUAUAUUUAGAAACCCAAAAUGUGCAAAACAAGCAGCGGAAAUAUUGAGACAAAUUGUUCUUAAUAUAAAAUGAAGGUCUUGUUCAAAAGACCAGUACUAGCCAAAGGGUUUUAAAUCCCAAUAUGCAGAGCAACUAUAAAUGUAAAUGGUGACACAAGUUUCUGAAUCUUAAUUAUUUGUUGUGGCAUAUUAAUACUUUUCAUGUUGUAGGUUCACAACCUCAUGAUGGAUAACUUAUGGGAAAUGCAUAAAAUAUUUGUUGUUUUUCAGAUUGUAAAGCAGUCUACAUGCAGUGUUGGUUUUGUGAAACAGAAGUAUUUGAUACUAGUACUAACGCACUCGAGCAAAAAAAAAAAAAAAAACAAGCAAUGUCACAUUGUUACAAUGCCCAAGUAUUUGAUUGAAUAGGCUAGUUUAAAUUGGAUUAUAUUUUUGCAGCAACUGUGAAAACGUGUAAAUUAUUAAACAACAAUUUUCCAGAAACGUAGUCCUCCUCAAGCUUUCAGUUCAAAUACUGCGAGCUGCAGCUCUAUAGAGUUUUCUUGGGACCAAAAAGAGUUUUCAUGUGAUUGCUUUAGCUUCUGCUGCCUACAGAAACAGAACCAGAUUCAAAUGUUCUAGUGAGGACGGCUGUUCAUGUGGACGUUCUCUGCACAAAUCUAUGCAUAGUUUACAUGUUUUUGUAUCUAUUUAUUACAUUGUAAGUUGUAUGACAGGCAAAAAAAGUACAACUUUUGUGUGAAUGUAUGGACAUUUCCAAACAGCAUGUUUAUAGAGAGCAUGUUUUAUGUAAAAAAUAACAGGAAGCAACUGAAAGUGACUAAAGACCAAGGGCUUGAACUGAACCAAGUACAAUGAAUGAUCUGAUACAUGUUAGAUAAAUUGUUAUGCCUCUUUUCUGUCUGUCCUGAGAA